AUGCAUAAAAGUUAUUUCUCGUCUUCACCAGUCCAGCUCCCGAAAGCUCUUCAGCCAAUGAAGUACCAAGUUCAAUAUCGAGCGCCUCCUCCUCCUCCCCCAGGAGUCACUCGCACUCCUGAAGAGAUUGAGGAGGAGAUCAAGAGGACUGAAGCACAGCAUCAGAAGCUCGCUCUAGUUUUUAUUGAGCUUCCUCAAGAGGUGAUGUGGACGGAGCCUCCGGUGGUGUGCCAGUGGCAGGAGGCUCGCAAACUCUGGACAACGAACUAUGUCAACGAUUAUAAGUUCAAUGAAGAUAAGUUGACUGUACAAUUUAGAACUGGUGUUCUAUGGCCUAUUGGUAUAGCUGUGUUGAAGUACAGCAAUAUGCCUUACCAAGGAUGGGACAUGAAACCGGAUCCCUAUUCCAAAGGUGUUCUCAUCACGGUGACCGGCCUCUGUGUGACUGUGACCUGGCUGUGUCUGGGUAACUAUGUACGUCUCAAGUUCAUCGCCAACUCCCCUACUUCGGCACUCAGGGAACACUUUAACAAGCCGUACUCCGUUAAAAGGAUGGUUCAGUUAAUGCGCGAGGCUGGCUGCGACUUCUUCCCGGAAUUCGACGCACACGACCACGUGGAAGGCUCCUCGCACAAAGAAUGGGUGAUGGAGCGCCAUCAUUAUAAUGCAAUGGCGUUUCUUUCAAGAGCUUAUAACUUUCAAUGGAGCAGGUGGAACGCAGAAGCAGACUCUCGCAACAUGAUUAUGCAGAUGCGGGAAGUCGUCGAUCCGAAAAGAGAGUCCAAGUUAUCACUCCUUCACGUGACCCCUCAGCGAGCCACCAUAUUGAAAUGCAAUGAAAUGACUCCAGAAAUAAAUUACGACCCAAUGGUUGGUUUCCCGUUCUACCCCGAUCUAUUCACUUUGAACAUGAGUUACGGCUCCGUCGACGCCAGAAGAAUCACGUUCAGCAUGAAGUACAGACUGGUCGAGACGGUCUAUGAGCUGCUGCAAGAAUUGAAAGUUUUAAGCUUUUCUUAA